GUCACACCAUCCAUUUAGUGGCUCCGACCACAUUUUCAGGUCAGGCAUAUAUUGGCUCUUGCUGUUGUGAGAGUUCGUUCGUAGAGUCAGAAGGGGUAGACUAGUAGCGUAUUCAAUAAUGUCUUUUUUGAAACGGAGGAGUCGGACAGGAUUUUUCAGUCAACAUUAAUAUCCUAACCGAUGGCGCCUAGGCAGCUGAAAACAUGUGCUCAGAAUGUCAGUCUGCAUGUUGUGAAAGGAAUAUAGCUCCACUUUGUGUUUUUCCCCAAUGACGUCUGAAAGCUUAGGAUAGGCUAUGAUUUUCUGCAAACCGAAUGGCGUUGUUUGUGUAUGACAUUGGAUUAUGAAACGAUGCCCACUUUCUCGCUGACCUGGCUCACUGUGGCUCUGGACUGUUUAGAUUUUGUCUUUUAUUUUCAUAAAGGAUCUUUGCUCCACAUGCAAAUCUCGAACGAUAAAUGCACACAAAACUGAAUGCCAUAGGAGUAAACAGGUGACGUCAGUUUAGUAUGCUCAGACUGGAGAUGCUGGUCCCAUGGAUGUGUCUCGACGGGAAUACAGUUCAGUGAUUUGCAGUUCCAGCCCAAGCGCGUUCUACUAACGGAAUCGCUUAUGAUGCCCAGAGGUUUACGGAGGCUCGUGCACCUGGUGCUGUUUUGCCCUAUGUCGAAGGGGCUGCAGAGUCGUCUCCCGGCGUUAAAGGUGAAGUACCUGCUGCUGGCCUGGCUGGGGAUCCUGGUAGCCAGCUGGGUCCUCUACAUGCAGUACGCCUCCUACUCAGAGCUCUGCCGAGGACACGUCUGCCACAUGGUCAUUUGUGACCACUACAGGAGAGGCAUUAUCUCAGGGUCGUCCUGCAAGGCCCUGUGUGAGGAGAGGAGCCUGACCCUGCAGCGAUGCAUGUCCACCUCUUCCACACACCAAGUGUACAGUGGUCUGUGGAAGGACAGGCCUGUGGUGAUAAAGUGUGGUCUAGAAGAGCCUCUGAAGGGGGACGUGGCUCCUGACUCUGUACAGAGACAGGAAAUUACCCUGUUUGACAAGCCCACCCGCGGGACCUCCAUGGAUGAGUUCAGAGAGAUGUUGCACAGCUUUCUCAAGUCUAACCUGGGAGAGCAACCUUCUCUCACCACCUUGGUGGGUCGUGUCAUCACCCUGGCCGAUGUUAACAAGGACCGCAAGGUGUCCCUGGCGGAAGCCAAGUCUGUGUGGGCUCUCCUCCAGAUUAACGAGUUCCUUCUGAUGGUAGCCCUGAAGGAGAAGGAGCAUACCCCCGAACUGCUGGGCUUUUGCGGGGACCUGUACGUGACUGAGCGCGUGGGCCACAGCUCCCUCUAUAGGUUGGAGGUCCCCAGCUACCUGCAGGCAUUAGUCCCAGAGGCCCUGAGCUCCAGCCUGAACCAGUGGCUGGCCCCGGCGUGGCCCCGGAGGGCCCGAAUCACCAUCGGCCUGCUGGAGUUUAUAGAGGAGGUGUUCCAUGGGGCCUACGGCAGCUUCCUGAUGUGUGACGCCAGCCUGCGCCAUGUGGGGUAUAACUUCAGGUAUGACUGCAAGAUGGCAGACCUGCGCAGCAUGGCGUCCGAGAUGGCGGUCCGCAGGUUCCUGCGGGGACGUCGCUGCGAGACCAACGCUGACUGCACCUUCGGGCGUGACUGCACUGCCACCUGCGAUCGGCUGGUGAAGCAAUGUAACACAGAGGUGGUCCAGCCCAACCUAGCCAAGGUGUGUGUGAUGCUACAGGACUAUCUGGUGUCUGGGGCGCCCCAAGACCUCCGCAUAGACCUGGAGAAGCAGCUCCGUACCUGUGUGACGCUCAGCGGCCUGGCUAGCCAGAUGGAGGUGCACCACUCGCUGGUCCUCAACAACCUCAAAACCCUGCUGUGGAAGACCAUCUCCAACACACAGUACUCCUGAGGACCACAGAAGAGCUGCUGGGAGCCAUAUGUAGGCCUGGGUCGUAUUCAUUUGACACCAAAUAAAGGAAAAUGGAUUGAAACAAAUGGACAAUCUGAAGUUGUCCAGUAAGAAAUGCAAAUGUAUUAACUGUUCACAUAAUUUUCUACAGUAUGCCCUAAUGACUACAACUCAUUUUUCCUUAGACCAACCUUCAACCAGGAAAAAAACCCCACCAGGACCUACCCAUAGGAGUGAGGCAGGUCCAAACUCUACCCUAUUAUUUACCCUAGAGGUACUUCCCCUCCUUCCCUACUUUUUUACAAACAUGCCAAAAGCUUGAGUAAAACAGACUAGUAAAUCACUGACUGAAAGUGAAAAUCAAUGAAAAUCAAAUGGAUUAUGAUAUAAAAGUAAAGGCAGUUUAUUUUUAUGGAAGGAUUCUUUAUUUUGUGAAGGAGGAAACUGUCUGGUCUAUUCUCAGGGCCUUGCCUAUGUAAUGAUAAUUAACUGUACAGUAUUCUACUUUAAAGAGUAGUUAAGUGUAUAACUUCUAUCAGGGAACGUCAAUGUUGAGGUGUAAUGCCAUGAAAAUAUGGGAGUGAUGUAAUAGUAUGUGGAAAAACUACUAUUUUAUCUGUGUGUGAAUGGUCCAUCAGACAAGGUCAAAUGAGAUGGAAAUAUGGAGGGAUCAAUUGAGCUUUUGUGAUAGAUCAUAACCAAUCUAUAUUACUCAGAUGAAAAGAAAAAAAAAUACAGCACUCCAAACUAUGGCAAUUUUUCUAGACUAAAAAAAUGGAUGUCUCGGUAUUUUAUGAAUUAUACAACAGGUUGGUCUAAUCCUGAAUGCUGAUUGGGUAAAACCGCAUUCCAGCCAGUGUCUGUACCACCAUCUAAAUUACUAUUUACUGUUCCAUCUGAUUGCGCAAUCCACUGUCUGGCGAUAUCGCACCUCAUUAGCUCAUUGCUAUGAUGCAUCCAAAUAAACAAUAAACAUUAUCCAAACAAAUGUCACAAAACAGCUUAAACAAAUGCAGCUAUUCAGGCUGCACUGUUUGACGUGACUAAGUUAGCCGUAGUUGACUAGCUAGCAAGCGAGCGAUAUGAAGGUUGCCAGCCAGCAUGGCAAUGGAACAUUAAGAAUGAAGGACUGACACAGAACAAAAAAUGUAACGACUGGGGAGCGUCUCUGGCAACCGAAACACCAGACGGCUUGGGUAGCAACCCUAGAUUUGUUGUCGGGACUGUCUUGUGGAAUGAUGAAAUAGUAUGAACAAAUUCAUCAAAUCAAAAUGUUAAUCAUUAUUUGAAUAUAUUUUAAUAUGUUGAUAAAAGUGAAUAUGCACUCAAACCCGGUGUGGAGGAUAUUGGCACGGUUUGCCAGCCCUAGUCAUAGGCCUAACACCCGUGCCAAUAUAUACUCCAAACACCGGCUUCUCUGGCAUUAUCACUUAAGGGGAAAAAGCUGUCUUUUACCAUUGUGUAGUUCGCCCCGACAGUAUUUUGCAAUUCACAUUCCAACCAACCAUGUUCUCGCCUCAAGUUCCAUCCAUCUUUCCAUGGCACCAAUAUAUUCAUUUUACAGGUGUACUUGUUAAAAUAGUCUCCAGUGUCAGUAGAUACAUUGUAAUAGUGACAUGUUUCGGCAUCUGAAGGGAAACGCUCAUAAGAAAAUAUAUUUCAACCAGUGAGAUUAGCUUGAGAUUUGAAUUAGCUUGAAAAUUGCAUCAUGAUAAAAGUGAUACUCAAAACCAAAAUCUGGUCCAUGAGGCAAUUUGAUUCUUAAAUUGGAUCCAAAUACUGCCUAAUUAAAUAAAGGGUACACAGUCCAGAGGUUAACAUGAUCAAACAGUCCAGAGGUUAACAUGAUCAUCCAUCUACCCAAAUACAGUGCCUAGGCGGUGGACCAUUGUUGAGACACGGGAAACUUGAGCGUGAAAAACCCAGCAGCAUUGCAGUUCUUGACAAAGUGAUACGCCUGGCAGCUACUACCAUACUCCGUUCAAAGGCACUUCGAUCUUGCCCAUUCACCCUCUGAAUGGCACACAUACACAAUCCAUGUGUCUCAAGUAUUAACUCUUUUAACCCAUCUCCUCACCUUCAUUAACCCAUCUCCUCACCUUCAUUUACACAGAUUGAAGUGGAUUCAACAUGACAUCAAGGAUCAUAGCUUUCACCUGGUCAGGCCAUGUCAUGGAAAGAGCAGGUGUUCCUAAUGUUUUGUACACAGUGCUUGUUGCCGUAAGAGUUGUGCAAAGUUGGUAGAAUCUUAUUCCAAAUGGUUCAGAACUAAUGGAUGCCAAAGGUGCUUCCAUGUACUAAGUUUAGGGUGGAGACUUAUCCAAAUUAUGAUAUUUCAGUGUUUAAUUUGUUACAUUUUCUAUAACUUUAACGUUGAAGAUGUGGGUUAGGUUGUGUAGAUCUGUAGGAAUAUAAUAAAAUGUAAUUCCUUAGAUUUCAUAUUAAUGCAGCAAAACCCAAAACAGGGCCCUACGCUAUAGAAGAUGUCACCAUAAACAGGCAAGAGUGUGGCCUGCACAAUCCUUUCUCUACCAUCACCUCGAAUCUUCAACUUUGAAACUGGCCACAUCUUGGCUUCUUCGUCACAUCUGCAAUCUGUCAAAGAAUCAGGAAAUGGGUGAGAAAUGGGUGAGAAAACGAUAGCCAAAAGACCUAUCAAUCCUCCAAAAUGAUCAAGAAAAGUAGACCUCAGAUCAAAGUCAAUCAAAACUCAAAGUCUUGGACUAAUGGCAGUUACCCGUCAGUAAACAAAUUAACACAAGAAACACAACUGCUGAGGGUGAGGGAUCCUGAAGGAAAAGUCCACCACAGUUUUUGGUGUUUGUUCCAUUGUUGACAUAAGUAAAACAUUUUUGGUGUUUGUUCCAUUGUUGACAUAAACAUUUUUGGUGUUUGUUCCAUUGUUGACAUAAGUUAAACAUUUUUGGUGUUUUUUUCCCUUGAUGACAUAAGUAAAACAUUUUUGGUGUUCGUUCCAUUGUUGACAUAAGUAAAACAUUUUUGGUGUUUGUUCCAUUGUUGACAUAAGUAAAACAUUUUUGGUGUUUGUUCCAUUGUUGACAUAAGUAAAACAUUUUUGGACAAUGUCACCAAUGGACUAAAACAAUAAAUACCAAACUAUUUUUUCUUUAA